AUGGACCAAGCCGAUCAUUCCGGCGUCCCAGACGACGCUGCGCUCGAGGAGGCGCCCAAUACAGUACCGAUUCAAGAAAAGAGCGCACAGCCUCACGACACGCAGCCGUACUGUGCAUUCACGAAGCGGUCCAAGCUGUUUAUCGUCCUCACCGUCUCUCUUGCCGGCUUUUUUUCGCCGUUUGCCAUCAACAUUUACAUCCCUGCCCUGCCCCAGAUCGCCGGUAUGCUGCAUACCUCUGAAGCCGCUACCAACGUCACGGUGACCGUCUACAUGAUUGCACAGGGACUUUCACCGGUUAUCUGGGCUCCUCUCUCGGAUGUGUUUGGGCGCCGACCGAUCUACAUCUUGACGUUUUUCAUCUUUUUCAUUGCCAACCUCGGGCUGUCGUUCACCAACGUCUACUGGCUCUUGGUGGUGCUGCGUAUGGUGCAGGCUGCAGGCGCGUGCAGUGCGAUUGCGAUUGGCGCUGGUACGAUUGGCGACGUUACUGAGCGCAAGGAACGAGGAAGUUACAUGGGCUACUAUGCGCUUGCGCAAUACACGGGCCCCGCCAUCGGACCGGUUGUCGGUGGCGCGCUUUCGCAGAGAUGGGACUACCAUGCUACGUUUUUCUUCUUGACGGCGAUCUCGGGUCCGUUUUUGUUGUUCAUGCUUCUCUUUCUCGUUGAAACGCUUCGAGUCAUUGUUGGCAACGGCAGUGCAAAAACGUCGGGCAUCUAUCGCCCCUUGGUGGAGCCCAAGCUGCAACGCUCGAUCGCCAAUGCGCCUCGGCCUGGCAUCAAGAACCCACUGCAUGGCACGCUCGAUUUCGGCUUCCACCGUCCGUUUUUGGUGUUUGCGCGCCCCGAGACCAGCCUAGCCAUCCUGGCUUUUUCGAUGGUAUAUGCGAGCUACUACUUGUCAUCUGGUUCGCUGCCGUAUCUGUUCAAGCAGGUGUACGGUCUGGACGAGCUCCUGAUCGGCGUAUGCUUUGUUCCGAGCGGUGUGGGGUGUGCGGUGGGCACAGUGCUCGCCGGCAAGAUCCUCGACUGGGACUAUCGUCGUGCGUUGGACAAGAGCAAGCUUGGUGUCAAGGUGACGCGCGCAAGGUUGCAGUCGGCGUGGAUCUACCUGCCGUGCUACUGCGCUUCGCUUCUGGCGUACGGAUGGUGUGUUCGUGCGCAUACGCAUAUCGCCGCUCCGAUCGUGUUUCAGUUUACACUGGGCAUGUUUUCGACCAUGUACUUUACCAAUGUCAAUACGCUCAUUGUCGACCUGUAUCCUGGCAAAGCGGCCAGCGCAACCGCAGCGGUCAACGUCGGACGGUGCUUGCUCGGCGCAGUAGCAGUCGCCGUGGUCCAGCCCAUGAUCGACGCAAUGGGCGCCGGCUGGACUUUUACGCUCGGCGCACUACUCACACUGAUCGUCGGUCUCAUCUGCCAAGUUCUCAUCUACCUCUACGGCGAAAUGUGGGCAGCUCGCAAACACUCGUGA